GGGUCAACUAUUCCUCGUAUACCCCCCCCACCCCACCCCCAAAGUGCCAACGACACUGGCAUUUACAAAGAAAGUAGAAGAGCUGCACCUUUGCGCAGCGCCGCUUUUGCUGAAAGGUCCCUCUGAGUGCACAAAGGCAGCUGCUGGAGGAACUGUUCAGCGCGACAGAGUGAGCGAGCCGGCGCUGAGAGGCGUAAUAAACAAUCUCCGGCUAGCUACAGACAGGGACGCGGAGUCGAAGAAGCUCUCCGGCCCAAGCCCUGCGAAUUUACAGUACAAAGACCGGAUUCUACGUUUGAUUAAAGUGUAAUAAAGGUGAUACAGCAUGGUGAAGCCAGCCCACUCAGCUGGGAGGAAGACCUCUCACUGCCUACGCAGACAGAGCGGCGUCAGGAUGGAGGUGGAGAUGGAGGAGCCCAAGGCCCAACCCAGCCCCCCGGCCCCUUCAGAGGCCGAGGCUGAGGCCCAGACCCCCAAGACCUCCAGCAGGGACCAGAGCUGCCAGACGGAGCCGCCGCAGGCCCAGGACCAGGGGAGCCCACACUCAGGCAGCACCAACCCAGGUCACAGCUCUCCAGGGUCACGUGUGGAGCCAGGCGACCCCCCCCUGCUCCAGCAGCAGCUGAACACCUCCAAGUCUGGCAUCCAGCAGAUCAUCGAGUGCUUCCGCUCAGGUACUGCCCAGCUGAGGCACAUGCUGCUGAGGGAUGUGGACACCAUCUUUGAGUGCAAGCUCUGCCGCAGUCUGUUCAGGGGCCUCCCCAACCUCAUCACUCACAGGCAGUACUACUGCCUGCCUCGGCUGCCAGAGACAGACGGCCCUCCAGGAGACUCCAAGCAGAGCACGGCCAUCAAGGAGCUGCUGGAGGCCAUCUACCCCCGCAAGGAGCCCCCGGACCACGUGGUGCGGCUGGAGCCCAUCCAGACCAGCAGCAAGGCCGUGUUCCAGUACCUGUCCACGGAGGAGGAGCUGGCCCAGCAGGGGGGCCCCGGGGCCGCCCCCCAGCAACACACGCCCCGGAGCUCCCGCUGCCACAGCCCGGAGCCCUGGGGGGGGGAGCAGGGGGCGGGCCACGCCCACCCUGAGCCGGAGGCGGGCCACGCCCCGAGGAGGGGGGGGGAGGAGGACGAGGGCGAGGAGAAAGGAGGGGAGAAGGGGGCCCAGGCCGAGGAGGAGGGCUCCACCAGCGGGGUGGAGGACGUGACCAUCUCCUGCUGCCUGUGCGGCCAGGACUUCAACUCGCGGCGCUCCAUCCGCCGCCACUGCCGCAAGAUGCACCAGAACAAGCUGGAGGAGCUGCGCAAGUUCACGGAGACGCGCACGGUGCCCAUCAGCCUGCUGUCCAUGGUGAAGGGCCGCCCGCGGACCAUCACCACGCCCAGCGGCAAGUCCUGCCCCAUCUGCUUCAAGUCCUUCGCCACCAAGGCCAACGUGCGCCGCCACUUCGACGAGGUCCACCGCGGCCUCCGCCGCGACAUCAUCACGCCCGACAUCGCCACGCGCCCGGGCCAGCCGCUGUCGCUGGAGGCCACGCCCCCGCGGAAGAGCGCCUCCUCCUCGCCCACGCGCGGCCACACCCCCAAGACCACCCCACAGCCGGGCAAGGCCUCGGCCAAGAGCCCGCCCCCGGUCCAGAGCCCGGCCCCGGCCCCGCCCCCCCAGGCCCAGUACAACCUGGCGUCGUGUCGCUGCCUGGUGUGCAAGAGGAAGUACAGCUCCCAGGUCAUGCUGAAGAGACACAUGCGCAUCGUCCACAAGAUCUACAAUCUGCGGAACGGCCCCGCCCCCGCCGCCCCGGCCCCUGCCACCCCCAACAACGCCGGUGCCCACGCCGCGGCAUCCCCUAGCAACAGCAGGGUCCAGGUGAAGGAGGAGAACACGGACGCCUCGGACGACCCCGACAGCAGCCCGGCCCCUUCGCCCGGCCCCUCGCCCUCCCUGCCCCUCCCCCGCGUGGCCACGCCCACCAAGGCCGCCAAGGCGAGGGAGGAGGCCGAGGGGGGGGCCAGCCCCAAGCCCGCCUCGUCUCGCACCGGCGGCGGGGCGGCGGCCCUCCCCCCCGGCUCCAAGACCCCCAAGCUGUCGGUGGGCUUCGACUUCAAGCAGCUCUUCUGCAAGCUGUGCAAGCGGCAGUUCAGCUCGCGGCAGAACCUCACCAAGCACAUCGAGCUGCACACGGACGGCAACGACAUCUUCAUCAAGUUCUACCGCUGCCCGCUGUGCCGCUACGAGUCGCGGCGCAAGCGCGACGUCCUCCGCCACGUCACCGUGGUCCACAAGAAGUCCACGGCCUACCUGGCCAAGAUCAUGCCCAAGCUGGAGAGCCGCGCCGUCAAGCGGCCGGCCGAGGCCGUCCUCAACGCCAACCCGGCCUCCAAGCGCGCGGCCGCCACCGUCAAGGAGGAAGUCAACGGGCGCCACUCGCCGCCGCCGCCGCCCUCGCCGCCCGUCACCCGCAAACAGGACCUCCUUUCCUCCGCCGCGCACGUCACCCGCAAGCAGGACCGCCAGCAGGACGCCCCCGCGCCGCCGCUGACGAGGAGGAGCGAACGGCAGGAGGCGCCGGCCACCGCGCCGCCAACCACGCGGCGCCAGGAGGCCCUGCAGGAGAGCGCCGCGGGGUCGUCGGAGGUGCGCGUCACCAAGAACUUCUCGCUGCACGCCUGCGACGUGUGCGGCCGGGCCUUCGCCAAGAAGCUGUACCUGGAGAGCCACAAGAGGAGCCACCGCAACGCCGCCUCCGCCGUCGCCACGCCCGAGAACCGCCGCAAGGGAGUCAGCACGCGCUCCAAGGCCCUGCUCUGAUACCAGGCUGUGUAGCACCGCCUGCACUGGAGAGCUGCAGAGACGAGCAGAUGGAGGAAACACCGAACCUCAUAAGAACGGAAGACGCCGACUGGACGAGUGGAGAGAGAACACUGGAGGGAGAGACCGAAGGACGGGGGCAAAACAGCGACGGAGAAGCCAGAGACUUAUUUCACCUUUCCAAAAAAAAAAAGGACGAAAUAUAUUGUUGGAAUCUGACGUUUUGAAGGGGAGAUAUUCUGUAACAGAUUAGGACCGGGCCUGUGGACCAUGUACUAGAACCACCCACAAUGGCCGUGAAGAUCACACACACUCCUGUUGUGUGUGUCCGUGUGUGUGUAUGUGUAGGUUAGGGAUCACCACUGUAUGUAAAUGUAGACCCACAUACCACUGACCCACCUGCUCCUUGUGUGCUUGUAUGUAAACGCCUCCCUAGCUACCUGCCCCCGUAGGUGCAGUUGCCCCCUCUGACCAGCUGUGGGCGCUCCAACCAGGGUCCUGUUUUAGAGGAUCAGACUGUUGUGAAGGUGGACUCCUCCUAUUCCAAAUCAACCCCCCCUCCCCCCCCCCUCCCUCUGCUGCCAUCAGCCCUCCGGUUUACCGAUGCACUGGUUAAGAUGUAGUGGGAUAGGUCAAAGCAAUAUGGCCAAAGCUGCUCCUCAUGGCAUUGCUUACACCCAUCCUGGCCCCGUCAGAUCUUCAGAUCUAUGCUAGUGCCUAGGAGGCAGAGGGUUGGGAACGGUGGUUGAUUUGGGUCAGCCACUUGUUUUUUUUUUAGGCUGUUAACCCAUUCAGUGCCAGCGCUAGUGAUGCUAGUGGUUAUGCAAUUGCAGCUCUUAGUUUAAAUUAAGCUAACUAUGCCUUUAUUUAGAUAAACUUAGUUGCUUUUACUUUGACUUUCCUUAAUACUGGAGAUUGGGGGGGGGGGGGGGUGAGAGGUUUGAACCCACAACUCAACACUUUAUAGUUCCUAAGAUAGCAUGUCGAAAACACUGAAGAGUUAAAUGCUAAAAUGAUUGUUUGAGAACAACCCAGUGACAGACCAAAUGUAUGUUGUACUUGUUUAAUCAGAAAGCCAUGAUAUAAAAAAAGAAAAAGACCAAAUUUUAUUUUUCUAUCUGAAAAAAGCUUGUUUGACAAGGUCUCAUUAACUUCUGUAUUUUGAUGAUCAUACAUACACGAAAAGAAUAUAUAUAUAUAUUGGCAGAUAUGUUAUAUAUAUAGUCUUUGAAUAUUCCUUAAAAAGUAGUGAUGGUGUAUAACCUUGGUUGCUUUUAACUCAACCACGUUUGAAGACUGCAAAAACAUGAUUUUUCCUUUUUUCUCUUUGCAAAAUCUCUUUGAAUCCCCAUUGAAUAAUUUAUGCCUGCACUCAAUCAAUUUUGACGUGUCACACGUUAUAGUGAGAAAGACAUUAGUUUAUUCUUAUUUCUUUCAAUUAAAUAAAAAACUGUGUUUGUAUCUGUCAGAGAGGCAAAUAACUCUUGUUUUUACUCUAUAUGUUAUAAUAUUAACCUCAUGAACUUCUUAUAGGACACCUGCUGAGAAUAGACAGUUAAUCUGACUUUGUUGAGAGGAAUGUAACAUUAAAGUCACCCUGAUUAAAUAAACAGUUUUAGUCCUA